CCUUACCCUAUUGGAUCGUGUACUGCUCUCAUCGAGCUCAGGUUAGAUUUCAAUCAGCUAAAAGCAUUACCUGAAGCGAUCGGGAAACUCGAGUGCUUGGAAAUUCUUACACUGCACUACAAUAGAGUUAAAUCAUUGCCUAGUACUAUGUCUUCACUUUCUAAGCUUAAAGAACUCAAUGUCAGCUUCAAUGAGCUUGAGUCGAUCCCUGAGAGCCUUUGCUUGGUCAAAAGUCUAGUAAAGUUGGAUGUCGGAAGGAACUUUGCUGAUUUGAGAAUGUUACCGAGAUCAAUCGGGAACCUAGAGAUGCUAGAAGAGUUGGACAUAAGCAGCAACCAAAUAAGAAUAUUGCCUGAUUCUUUCAGUCUUCUGGCGAAACUAAGAAUGUUCAAUGCAGAUGAAACUCCAUUGGAAAUGCCACCGAAAGAUGUUAUUAAAUUAGGAGCUCAGGCUGUUGUCCAGUACAUGGCCGAUUCAGUUAGAGCAAAGACUGAGGGUAGUCGACAGGCUGAGCCAAAGGAUUGUUUGUUUUGGUUGUGUUCAUUAUGUUCGACGAUAGACGAAGAAUGACAAGCGAAGUAUACAAGUUGUUACACUUUUGUUUGAGUUUUGCACAUUGCAAUCAUCUUUGAGUUUAAACCCUUUGUUUGUAAAAGCCAAAAAUAAUGUAAAUAUCUUCUUCUUGUGGGACAGAUCAUGAUUGUUUAUAUUGUGAUAAGAAAGAGACAACAAUUCCUACUCAA